UGGUCCGCGCUCUCCGAUGACGUCAUCCCAGAGGCGUCUCUGCGAAGGAAGGACCCGGCCGAGACGCGUGUCUCCGGGCGGUUCCACACCCCCUCCUCCUCCUGCUGCUGCUGCUGCUACUCCCACCUCAGUCUCCCCCUCUCGGUGUCUCGUCCACCUCACUCCUCCUCCUCGUCGUCGUCUUCCUAACCUCCUCGUCUCUUUCCCUUCCCCCUUCCCGUCCCCGACCCCCGGUCCACACAACGCGAGGCGCCCGUCGGCUGCGAGGAGCGAGCAUGGCGAGCUUGUGGAUGGGCGACCUGGACCCAUACAUGGACGAGACGUUUGUGCUGAACGCAUUUGCCUCCCAGGGAGAGAGCGUGGUCACCGUGAAAAUCAUCAGGAACAAACACACUGGCGGCCCGGCUGGGUACUGCUUUGUGGAGUUCUCGGACCAGUCGAGCGCGGAGCGGUGCCUGCACAGGCUCAAUGGGAAGGCGCUUCCCGGAUCCAACCCGCAACGGAGGUUUAAACUCAACUACGCAACACACAACAAGCAACCCGAUGGACGGGUCGUCUUCAACCCAAGGCCACAGAGGAGUCAGAGCCCGGAGUUUUCCAUCUUUGUGGGUGACCUCUCCGCAGAGGUGGAGAACCACCACCUGUACAACUUCUUCCUGCAGAAAUAUCCGUCGUGCAUGUCCGGCAAGGUGAUCACCGACCUGUCGGGCAUCUCGAGAGGAUACGGGUUUGUGCGUUUUGGCGAAGAGACGGAGCAGAGAAGGGCGCUGGUGGAGAUGCAAGGAGCGUCGGGGCUUGGCAAUCGACCAAUCAAGCUUAGCCUCGCUACGCCCAAGAGUGCCAGCGGUGCUGGGAGGUCUCGGCAGGAGUACGGACAGAGCCAAGGCUACAGCUACGGGCAGUACUACCAGCCCUACCCCAACUACUACACACAGUGGGGAUACGACCAGUACACAGGAAGCUACAGCUACAGCAUGCCUCAGUAUGGCUACACCCAGAGCUCCAUGCAGUGUUAUGAAGAUCUGGGAGACGAUGCCUUGGAAGACCGACACAAAUAAAGCUCCAACACUGAAGCAGUGAAAAUGAAAAAAGGGCGUCCGAAUUUAUUGCGAAGUCCUUGUGCUCAUUACACCCGAGGUCCGCCGUCGUCCCGCCAGGUCGCUUUAGGGCAAUCGUUGUGCUUGUGUUAUAUCUGCCGUCCAGCCCGCUCAUCCGCACGGGGCCAGGCUGGUCGCUCGCGCUCUAAAUGGUGACGCAGCUCAAAACAAAUAGCUCCCGGACGUGCGGACUAGGGUUGCCGCGGGGUGGGGGCGCUGCGAUACUGCGAUCACUCUGGGGCCCACGGUAACCGCUUGGUGCGUUUGGGCGGAAUUUCGUCAUAACGGCUGCUUAGGUUUUCACUUGUUAGCGAUGUACAGGCGUCCGAUGUGUUUUCGGGUCGCGCUGCGCGUUGUUUGGCACAAUGUCCGACGUUUUGCUCGACGGGCUGCUUCUGGAACGGAAUUUCUGUUUGGUUCGGGCGAGAUGAAUCUCGCGCCGUUUCACUCGGUAGUCGUCGGACAUCGUUCGGAACAACACGCGGCACAACCUGUGAUCACAUCGGGGCUGUCAUCGUAUCAUGUUUGUCGUUGCUAAUUUAAUUUUAUAUGUUUAUUUUCACUAUCAAAUAGUUAUGAGUUACCCAAGUGCAUGGGUUAAACCCAUGCAAAUCGUGCUUUUCACAAAAAUAUCCAGAAUAAUUUUAGGCAUGGCGGUUAUGUGACUUCAUGAUUUUCAUAGUGACUUGAACUAGUGUCUUGUGUAGCUGACCGCAUGUGCACCGUAUGCAUUAUGGGUAGUUACGAUUAGGUAGACUCGUAUUGAAUGCACUGCAUUUGGAAUUGCGGUAAAGCACGAAGAAAACAAAAUAAACACUUUGAAAGUUUUGGAAAAGACGUUGCGAUAAUCUUCGUAGCGUGAAACUAGUACCCUACUGUGACGACGAUACCGCCGCAGCCCUAGCACCUCGGCCUGGCGUUUCGACGCGGGUUUGAGGCUCCGCCAGCGAGCAAAAAAAAAAGACUUAAAAUCGACUUUCAGGUGUGCGGCCGAAACGCUCUGGCGACGUUACUGCAGUGCAACGGGUGUACUCUGUAGCGAUGUCCCUGAAGUGGCAUGCCGGAAUGCCGCUUAAAGUAAUCAUCGCUUAACGAACGAAGGAUUUCGGGCUGUUGUGUGUCGGACCUCGGACCACCCAAGCCACACAGCCUGGCUUUGUGUCUUACAGAAAGUUGAGGGCGUUUUCUGCUCUUCGGGCUGCGUCUCUCUAAAGCGAGAAGCAGCGUGCGGUGCGGUGCGGCGUAGCUCACGGCCUCACGGAGCGCAGGGUCCCCACGUGGCUGGGCGCAACAAACGCUGCAGCGUCGAGAGGGGCAUGACGAUGCGUGGGGCUCCUUGGCUGUGCCGCGAACGUUGCUUCACCGUCGCCCUUUACCAAACGAGUAUAUCGUGGCCGGGGGGUUGGCGCUCCUCUGAAUUGCUUGGCGCCGAGCCACAGAGGUGGAAACCAGUCGGUGUCCAUAGCCACGUGCGUUGUUGACCUUUCACAAAGUGGCACCGGCUCACAAAGCACGAUGGGCCGAUCCCCAUCCGCGUUUUUUUGAUUGUGCCCUUCCGACCGAGUUCGCAAUCAGCCGGGGCCUCUUGGCCCGCGUGUCGGCGCUGGAGAACGUUGCGCGCGAAGUGCGCUGCACUGUUUGGUCGUACAAUUUUAAAAAUGUUCACCGACGUGGGGCGUUACAAUAACGCGCGCUGUUGCGACUCGGCUGAGUGAUUCAUGCGUACUAACCGUAUGCAUCAAGUGCUGGCAAGUGAUGGUGGCAUGAUGGAACGGGCAAAGCACUGUGCUCUUGAGCAGAGAGUGCAGUUACACGAUGUGCACUCAAGUGGGAGAGCAGUGAAUUUUCCACUUUUUUUCCAUUAAAUGUGUCAUCACACAAUCAUGUACUUCCAAAACUAAUGUAAAAUUUUGUCGAGCUGCUCAUAUUCUGGUUGGUGGAAGUGUUUUUUUUUGUUUGCAGGAGAAGAGAAAUACUUGAUUCGCCGUUUUUUACAUCUUUUGUUUUAUUAACGGCUCCGUAAAAAAAAAAAAUUUUGACAAGGCUAUGGUCGUUCAUUCCCUUCCCCUCCCCCGUUCCCUUUGCCAUCUCCAACCUCCCCCCCCACCCCCAACCGCUCCUCCGUUGUUCUUCAUCUCGUCACUCCGCAUCGCACUAUGCCCCCGACUCCCACAAUCCCUUCCCCGCCUGCCCUCGUCUCUUCCGUCAUUCCCGGUGGCCUGUCCCCCUCGCCCCC